AUGGCGAUUGCGUUACUACUUGUUGUUUUCAUUCUGUCCGGCUUUUUCCCUGUCCAAGCACAGGACACUCGAACUGACCAGGCUGGGUCCGUUCUCCGGGAGUAUGUAGACAAGGGCUACUGUACCUACACAUUUGUGUUCCCACCUGGACCCCGUAGGGAGGGCUGCACACCGCCGGGCCUCGAGAGACAACUCGCCGAGACCAGAGAGGAAACGGCCCGCUUAAAAAAUCAAGUGGAUCGCCUGACAUCGCUGGUGGAAUCUUUGCUGUCCAGAGUGGACAGUUUGCCGGUCACUGAAGCCAUACCUGUUACACAGAACAAUGCUGAGGAAGAUGUCGAGAGUGCGUUCACGUGCGAUGGUAAAGAUUCCGGCCCCCACCCCGACCCGGAGAACUGUGGCAAGUUUUACAUGUGUGCACCGGGACACCCUGCGCCGCACCACUUCGACUGCGCGCCCGGAGGUCUGGUAUUCGACGUCAGGCUCCAAGUCUGCAAUUGGCCGUGGGCGGUUCCGCCGCCCUGUGGGACCCAGGGUGCCGGGUGAGUUGAAACAGUGCAAAUGUCCGUUUGUUCUGGCACUGCAGGAACUAUCCACGCUCAAUUGUAAGCGCCAUUUCCGUCCGCCAUCAUGCAGUGCGCCUGCCAUCGGUGUCUAAUUUGUCUCUAGUAAGAAUACACAACAGUAAAUUUACUUAGAUUUAAUCCGUUUUAGCGCAUUUUAUAAGCUAAUUCUAUGUUAAAAUUUCAAAGACCACAUUUGUACCUGAAGUAUAUUUCUCUGAUAAAAUAAGAGUCUGAUCAAAGGUCAGUGGAUAAAGUCAUAAAUGCUUUUGCUGCCUGUUUUGAUAAUUGCAUUUAAAAGUCAGUUAAUUAAAACAAUUCUCUGGUAGGCAACCCCCAUUUGUGCGAAGAAUUUAUUUCCCAUUCCUUUCAGCGCACAUAUGUGUAAGGACCUGUUCAGACAAAAACGCCCGAACCGCGAUUCGGGUGAAUCGCAUUCCUCACAUCUGGUCCGCGUGCCACACUGUUCAUUCUAAACCGUGCGCGAGCACGAUUCACCUAGACUACGUUCAUUGUUGUUUCAUGAAAACACGAAAGGUAACAUGUUAUCAAUGUCAGAGGUCAACAACCUGCUUGCUGGUGCCCCCUUCCUAGCGUAUCUCGGCCGAAUGCCGACGUGGUCUCGCCCUUGGCUGUGAAGCUCGUCCUAGAAUGCGCACAUUAUUUGGUCAAUGCUUUUUUCAAGUUGCUGUUAUUGUGUAAAUAUUGUUAUUGCAUGUAAAUAAAGAAAUAUCACUCCGUUAUUCAUGACCGGGUCAAUAUGUUGAAUGUGUUGAAGCCGGUUCGAAACUACCUCCCGAGGUGGUUUAGGAUCGAGGCGCAUUCAAUGCGAUUUAGCGCGUUAAGAUGUGGCCACUUGAAUCCUUCGUC